AUGCUGUCUUCACUCUUUUAUCUCCUGCUUCUUCCAAGCGUUUGCUUUGCUUCAGGCACUCCAGUCGUUACUGUAAAGAAUGGGUCAUAUAGUGGUGUGUAUAACCCAACGUAUAAUCAGGAUUUCUUUCUAGGCAUUCCAUAUGCUCAGCCUCCGGUCAACGAUCUUCGAUAUCGUGUGCCUCAGUCUUUAAACACAUCCUGGAGCACGACAAGGCCUGCCACGGCCUACCCGCCAUUCUGUGUUGCCUAUGGCGGUGAUGAUAAUGGGGCCCCUCAAUCAGAAGAUUGUCUAUAUCUUCAGGUGAUCCGACCAAGUGGCAUCUCAACCAAUGCGGAACUCCCCGUUGCAGUAUGGAUUCAUGGCGGUGGACUCUUCGAUGGCGGCUCUAACGACCCACGCUACAAUCUCAGUUUCAUAGUCCAGAAUAGCGUCGAGAUGAACAACCCCAUGAUCGCUGUCAGUGUCCAGUAUCGACUUUCUGGGUUUGGAUUUCUUGGCGGGAAAGAGGCGGCAGCGGGAGGGGCUACGAAUCUGGGGUAUCGAGACCAGCGAUUGGCGCUCCACUGGAUCCAGGAGAAUAUUGGGGCUUUUGGAGGGGAUCCCACAAAGGUCACGAUCUGGGGCGAGAGUGCGGGAGCGCAGAGCGUAGGCGUCCACUUGCUUGCUUACAACGGUCGCGAUGAUAAGCUUUUCCGCUCUGCAAUCGCUGAAUCCGGUGGCCCCUCCAACCUCUUCUUCCCCUUGGACGGAGGUUACAAUAGCAGCGCCACGCAAGAUGGCUAUAACGCCGUCGUCCUCAAUACAUCCUGUGCCUCGACGCUCUCAUCCGGCGACUCCCUCUCAUGUCUCCGCGCUCUCCCCUUCGCCGAACUCAACGCCACGCUCAGCACUGCAACCGGAAUCGCCUCCUCUUUCGCGCCCGUCAUCGACGGCGACCUCAUCGCCACGUACCCCUCCCUCCAACUGCGCUCCGGCGCCUUCGUCCCCGUUCCCCUCCUCAUCGGCACCAACACCGACGAAGGGACCGGUUUCAGCAACGGCUACGGUCCCAACGGCGGCGGGGUCAACACCGAUUCCGAGUUCCUCUCCUUCCUCAACAGCACGAACCUGAUCCGGCCCUCCUCGCCCGCCUCCUCCAUCAUCCCCAUCCUCUACCCCAACAUCCAAGCCCUCGGCAUCCCCUCCCUCGCCACCGAUCCCACCCCCCUAACUACAUCCUCCCCGCAAGGUCUCCAAUUCCGCCGUCUCUCCGCCUACCUCGGAGAUACCCUCCUCAUCGCCCCUCGUCGCGCCACCUCUCUCGCAUGGUCCACGCGCUCCAUUCCCUGCUACACGUACCGAUUCUCCGUCGUCCCCUCAGGCACGCCCCCUCUCAUCGGAGCGACGCAUUUCUCCGAAGUCGCCUUCGUAUUCAACAACACGCGCGGUCUCGGCUACGACCCCAACCCCUUCCAAAACGCUCCUCCAAGCUUCUUCUCUCUCGCACUCCUGAUGAGUCGUGCUUGGGUUUCUUUCAUCACGAUGAGUGAUCCGAAUAAUCAUGGGAUUAGCGGGGUCGUGGAAUGGCCCGCUUAUAAUGCGACGGGAGGCGGCGCGGGCAGGAAUUUGGUUUUUGACACGCAAGCGCAGGGCGGAGCGCUGGUGGAGUGGGAUACUUGGAGGGGGGAAGGUGUCGCUUGGAUUGAGAGCAAUGCGCUGGGGGUUUAUGGGAGGUGA